AUGGUUAGUGUGAUUAUUAUUAUUAUUAAAUCUUAAUGUUUAUAUUUAAAAUUUAUACAUUAAAAUAUAGUAGGAAUAAGUGAUGGAUAGAUAGCCAGUCAGUCAUAUUUAAAACAAAUUUUAGAUAAUUUUUAAGUUAUCAAUAGUUAAGAUAAAUUUAAAAAAAAAUAGAUUUAAUACAUAAAAGAUUUAUUAAUAAAUAAAUUAAAAGAAUUUAUUUAUUUCAUAAGUGUAAAGAGGAAUUCGAAUUUUGUGAUGGAGUUUAUUGAGUCUAGGCAAUUGAUUCCUUAAACUCAGUGA